GUUGCAACCGGGUUAGAAAAAUCAAUCUCGGUGGACGACGGGAUCUCGGCGUUACAUGGCUUGAUCGGAAGAUGUGGCAUCAUCCCCCCGCGACGCGUCUAUCUUUUUUGUGGAAGCGUGCAGGCAAUAAUAUCAUCAUCCAUCAUGUCGGAUCUAGCUUCCGUCAAGGCAGCUGUGAAAGCUUGGGAGAGGUCGUUCAAGGCGACUCACAAGCGAGACCCAACCAAGGAGGACAUCAAGAAUGAUCCAGGAAGGAUAGGAGAGCAAUAUGCUCUGUACAGGAAGCUGUCCAAGCUGUCAUCGGAGUCUCAACGUUCGUCCUCAUCUGGAUCUCAACGUCCCGACUCAUUCAGAAUCGUCCCCUCGAACGGAUAUCCCACGACACCGACGCCUCCGACUCGGCAUCGAUCAGUAUCCCGGUCCAGCUCGAGACCGACCGCAUCAUCGGUCGAGGCAAACAGAUGUCUACCCUCAUCGCAGGCGGGACCGUCGACCCCUUCGAGACUGAUCACGCCUAAGAAAUCUCGUCCAUAUUCUGGUCCGAUCCAUGAUCCCAACCCAAUCAAUCCAUUUGCAGUGACGCCCGUCAAAACACCUGCCUCCCACCUCGGAUCGGCUGGCAUGUUCUCCACGGAUAGGACAGCUUCCAGCAGCUCACCGUUCAUCCACGCUUCAUCGCCUCGGAAACUCAGACAGGUCCUCGAGGCGAAUUCGUUGCGCAAAGUGAGAGAGAGAGAAGGGCUGGAGGAGAUCACGCCGAGGACAAGGGCACGGAAGAGGUUACGCGGAGAGGCCGUGGCUGACACCCCUGUCAAAGAUCGUCCCGUUCGGCGAAAACGUGGAGAGCGCAGACCCACGACUGAGGCCUCUAGUGACGCGGUAUCAAAGGGCAAAGGGAAGCUGCCUUUGGAGGAUGAAUUCGGACCGUCGCCUAUGCGUCCCGAGGUCGACAAGACGUUUACCGCGUUGUUCGAUGAGCCAGACGAAGGCAGCGAGGUGGUCGGCCUAGAGGACAUCAGAAGCAGAUCAAGUGUCAUGAUGGGACUGUUUGGCCGAGCGACGGUCGAAAUCAAAAAGAAACCGCAGAUCGGGGAGGAAUCGCCAGCCCCUAGUUUACCCCUUCCUGUAACGGAGGCAGCGGAAACGGUGGUCAUAGAUGCCGAAGAACUCGCACAUACUCCUCAACGACCUUGCAAAGUCAUUUCCUUCUCCGACGAUGAGCAAGAUGAGUGGGACCCUGAAGGCGGUCAUGUAACGCAUCAAGUCGUCAUCACAGGUACUCGACGUCAGGUCUGUAAACCGAGAGACAGUCUCAGCGAUGGAACCGACGGGGACGAUGACGGUCUAGACACGCCAGAGCUCUAUGACAAUAUAACCGAAGAAACGUCCCAUACUUCUAUCCAUCCUUCAUCACCUCCUCCACUGUUGUCCCUUUUGUCUAUCCAGUCACCUCGGGCAAAAACGACCAUCACGGAGAUGCGAUACAAGGCCAUCUUUGAUCCAUCCCAAGCUGCUCGUCUACGGGCCAUGAAACGGGGUCAAGAGGUCUAUAUCAGUGGGCAAGGUGUGGAUAGGGACGGUGACAUGGAGGAAGAGAAUGAAGUUGAAGGCGAUGAUGAUUGGGAGGAGGAGCCAGAAGGAUGGAAAGAGGCUGGCAUAGCGGAUGAGGACUGGUAGCGUGACGUGAUAAUAAUUGCAUAAGGUAAUGGGUAUAUACAAUGCAGGGUUG